AUGGAAGUGGCACAGUGUUAUCUAGAUGGCAAUGCAGACGCAGUGGAGUUCUGUGCGCACGAGCCAUACCAUAAUGUUUUAGCAGCAGCAACUUACACGCUGCAAGAGGGUGAUCGGCCGAGUCGAUCAGGUAGCAUUUCACUAUUCGAUGUGAAUGCUGAUUUGUGUCGGUUUGAGUUGUUUCAUCGCGUGGAAACUGCAGGGAUUUUUGAUAUUAAGUGGAGUCCUGUUGGUGGAAAUGGUAAUGUAGGUCCAAUGCUUGCUCAAGCUGAUGCUGAUGGGUACUUGAGAGUUCAUGGUUUAGAGUUCUGUCCAAAUGGAGGGGACUCUCUAUCUCUAAGAGAGAUAGUCGGUGAAAAAAUAAGCUCCUCCAUGUGUCUUUGUUUGGACUGGAAUCCAUCAGCCACAUCUAUCUCAGUGGGGCUCUCAGAUGGUUCUGUAUCUUUAGUCACCUUUUCGGAGUCCCAGUUAGAUCUAAUUCAAGAGUGGAAAGCACAUGAUUUUGAGCUAUGGGCUGCUUCAUUUGACAUCCACCAACCACAGUUGGUAUACACUGGUUCGGAUGAUUGCAAAUUCAGUUGUUGGGAUUUAAGGGAUAGUCCUUCCAAUUUGGUGUUUCAGAAUUCUAAGGUCCAUAGGAUGGGUGUCUGUUGCAUUGCAAAGAGUCCUAGGGACCCUAAUAUCUUACUCACUGGUAGCUAUGAUGAGUAUCUAAGGCUAUGGGAUUUAAGAUCAAUUUCAAAACCAGUUAAUGAAACUUCAGUUUUUUUAGGGGGAGGAGUUUGGAGAGUCAAGCACCACCCGUAUGUACCAGGCGUGGUCUUAGCAGCUUGCAUGCACAAUGGCUUUACAGUUGUGAAGAUUGAUGAGGAGAAAGGCGAAGUAAUGGAAACCUAUGCCAAGCAUGGCUCACUUGCUUAUGGUGCAGAUUGGCAAAGAGGGGAAUUAUCUCAAAAGGCUAAACAAAACAGCUCUGUAGUGGCUACUUGUUCCUUUUAUGAUCGGCUUCUUCAUAUAUGGAUACCAGAAAACAGUACUGUUAAGUGA